AUGUCAUCAGAGGAGAAAAGUCUAGACCCCUCUGACAAAGGACCCUCGCCACCUCCUAGCAGCUCUGGGGCCACUCCCACUGGAAGUCCGGCCCCCACAGAUAAGCGGCCUCGGGGCCGCCCUCGUAAGGACGCGUUAUCCACGGCAACACCGCUUCCAGCUGUGCCCAGACAGAGAAAGAACUUCACUAAAGGGCAGCAGGAGGAGACGGUGGGCGCCUCUGCUGUGGCAGUUUCUGCAGAGGGGGAGGAAGAGGAGCAGUCGUCAUCCCCUCUUCCUGCGAGCCCUGAGACGGGGGCGGCACAAACAUCAUCAGCCUCUGGAGAAGCUAAAAGCAGCGAACAGCUCUGUGCCUUCUGUUACUGUGCUGGUCGAAGCCUGUUGGGCCAGGGGGAUCUGAAGCCAUUCAGGGUCACGCCCGGAUACGACCCUCCACUCCCACAAUCCUCCGCAGAGGAGGGCCACGACCGUGACGACAAGAGUGGGGCUGCCAGCCAAUCAGGGAGGCACAGGGGCCCAGAGAGUGUCGGGGCCGAGGAAGGAGGAGGCAGAUUCUGGGACGAGCUCCGCCACGUCGGUCUGCCAGACGACAUUGACGUCCGAACACUCUUUGAUGAGUCGGGUCAGUGCUGGGCUCAUCAGAGCUGCGCGUUGUGGUCAAAUUUUGUGUGUCAAGCGGAGGAUCAAUCACUGCUAAACGUGGGCAAAGCCAUCCACUCAGGGAGCACAGAGCAUUGUGCAUAUUGUAAGCGCCUUGGAGCAUCCAUCAAGUGCUGUGAGGAGGGGUGUGAUCGCUCGUACCAUUACCCCUGCGCGGGGGCCGCCGGCACCUUUCAGGACUUCAGGAGGCGCUCUGUUCUGUGCACAGAGCACAUUGAGCUGGCCGUCAGCAAAUUUGAAGAAGAGGCGAACUGUAUAUUGUGCGACAGCCCCGGGGAUCUUCUGGACCAGCUUUUUUGCACCAGCUGUGGGUUGCACUACCACGGCAUGUGUCUGGACAUCAGCGUCACUCCUCUGAAGAGGACAGGCUGGCAGUGCCCCGAGUGCAAAGUCUGUCAGACAUGCAAGGAGCCUGGAGAAGACACUAAAAUGCUAGUGUGCGAUAUGUGCGACAAAGGCUAUCACACUUUCUGCUUGCAGCCGGCUAUGGACUCUAUCCCCACCAACGGCUGGAGGUGUAAGAACUGCCGGAUGUGUAUUCAGUGUGGCACCCGGAGCAGUGAUCAAUGGCACCACAACAGCCUACUGUGCCAAAACUGUGGCGAUCAACAGGACACCACCGUCCCCUGCUUAUGUCCCAGCGACGUAGAUCCCGAUGUCCACAAAGACCUGCUUUCUUGCCAUCAAUGCAAAAGGUGGUUCCACCCACAAUGUGAGCGUCCAGGUGAAGGUCACGCACAUCCACAGUCCAAAGAAGAUCACAUAUGUUCCGUCUGUAGAAACGCAGGCUUUGAAUCAGAUCCUGUGCACGCGGAUGCAGAAGGAAUCCAGGCGGAGAUUCAAUCACACGUGGACGUUGAAGAAAACGCACAGCCAGUUUCAUCAAACGAUUCGGAGCCUGCCAAAGUUCAAGACGCAGAACCUCACCAGCCUGUCAGCGAGAUGCCGAAUAAAGAGAAGCAACUGGAUGAAAAACAAAUGAUGGAAAUUGGUGCAGAUGCUAGUGGCGAUUUAGCCAAGCCAGAGUGCAGCGAGACCUCAGACCACAGCGUGGAAAAUGAGCGGACUUCAGUUGAGUCUCCUCAGGAGACAAAAGGUCCUGAAGUUUCAGAGCCGCACGAGCAGAAACUAGAUUCAGCUCCAGAGACGUCCACAGUCCAGCAGCUUGUGUCAUCCCUUGAACUAGAGGAGCCUCCUGAGACGUCAGCUGAACUCACAGAAAACGUCUCCCAGAAUGAGGAUGACAGCAAGCCCUGCCAGGACGAGCAGAAAACCAACCUAUCACCUACCAAAGAGCCAACUCCAGCCUGUACCUCCCAUGAGGAAGAACCCAUGGAGGUUUCCUUCACGGAGGAACCUUCCACAAUGGCUCAUGGAGUUACUGUAGAGCCUGAGGUUAGUACUGCUAAGACUACACCAGGAGUUCAGAGCCAGGAGGAAACGGGUGUUAUGGUGCAGCAGCGUGACAUUAUUCCCGAGAGCCACACACAGGAAAUGGACAUCACUAUGGAUGGUGGGGAGCGAUGUUUGGCCAAGCUGAGUUCACUGGUGGAGGAGAGGACGUCAUUACGGCAGCCUCCAUGCAGGCAGCCUGAGGGUUUGCCCUCAGUUGGGCAUGGGGCGUCCCAGCUCCAGCUACAGGCUGUCUCAGGACAAGCCAUCAGCAAUGUGCCUUCAUCCACCUUCAUACCAUUCCCUCCAAAAAUCGGCAUGGGCAAGCCGGCCAUCUCUAAGAGGAAGUUUUCACCUGGAAGACCCAGAGUCAAGCAGGGAGCAUGGAGCGCGUCCCGCAGACCGAGCUCCCCCUCAUGGUCCCUUGACCCGACUGAGGGCUGGGACGGGCCAAAGAGCAGGCAGCCCUACAGCUCGGCCGCCUGGAUAAUCCGUGUGCAGGGCCGGGGAUCUGGCUUCCCCAGCAGGAGACGGCCCAGGGGUUCGGGUGUCACGGGCCGGGGAGGACGAGGCCGGGCCAGAAUGAAGAACGGAGUCCCUCCAAUCCCAACACCAGGAGUGAACAUCAUGGACCCCAUUUGCACAUUCAAGGAAGAGGAAGAAAACGCCAUGCACAAUACAGUGGUGAUUUUCUCUAGUGCAGACACGUUCACUAUGAAGCAGGAUAUGUGUGUGGUUUGUGGGAGUUUUGGACAGGGUGUGGAGGGUCGACUCCUGGCCUGUGCUCAGUGUGCACAGUGUUACCACCCCUUCUGUGUUAACAUAAAGAUCACUAAGGUGGUGCUGAGUACAGGCUGGCGGUGUCUGGAGUGCACCGUGUGUGAGGCGUGCGGUCAGGCCAGCGAUCCCGGCCGUCUGCUGCUCUGUGACGACUGUGACAUCAGCUACCACACCUACUGCUUAGACCCGCCCCUACAGAACGUGCCCAAUGGGAGCUGGAAAUGCAAAUGGUGUGUGUCCUGUACGCAGUGCGGCGCCACGUCUGCGGGUCUGAGGUGUGAGUGGCAGAAUAAUUACACUCAGUGUGCCCCUUGCGCCAGCCUGGCUUCAUGCCCGCUGUGCCAGCAGAACUACAACGAGGAGGAGAUCAUCCUGCAGUGUCGCCAGUGUGACAGGUGGAUGCAUGCCUCGUGUCAGGGAAUCCACUCAGAGGAGGAGGUGGAGAAGAUUGCCGAUACCAGCUUUGACUGCAAUCUGUGCCAAGGCUACACCCCCCUCUCUCCCCCGCCUGGAACGCCGGCCAAGUCUUGUUUGGAUUUAGUCGAGUCUGUUCUCAUGCCGCAGAGAGUCACAAAAGCAAGAGAUCCUGAGCUGACGAGGACGUACACCCAGGACGGUGUUUGUCUCACAGAGUCUGGCCUGUCGCAGCUCCAGAGUCUCGCCAAUGCAGCCUCGCGGCGGAGACGCUCCAAACCCAAACUCAAGCUGAAGAUCAUAAACCAGAACAGUGUGGCCGUGCUGCAGACGCCUCCAGACCCACAGACUGAACUCUCCAGGGACAGAGACAGAGACCUCGAUGACACCAAAACAGAAGGGGAGAUGGUGGACGGUGAGGGGAAGUCUGACUCCAGCCCCGAGAGAGAGGCCACAGCAGAAGACGACUCUAAAGACACAGAUCCCUGCAAGAAGAGGAAGAGGAAGCCCUACCGCCCAGGUAUCGGAGGUUUCAUGGUCAGACAGAGGAACCGGAUGGGUCCGGGCAGAACCAAACAGGCCUUGGUCAGGAAGGACUCCGCUGGCUCUGAGACCCUGCAAGGCAAAGAUGAGAGCUGGGGCGACCAAGCGCCUGACACUCCAAUGGAUGUAAAACAUCCUUUGUCUGAUUUUCCCGACAAUCCUGAGGUUAAAAUACGGAAACGCUACAGGAAAAAGAAGACCAAACUGGAGGAGGCUUUCCCUACUUACCUACAGGAGGCCUUUUUUGGGAAAGACCUGCUGGAUAAGAGCAAACAGAGCAGACAGGAAACCACACGGCUGCUAGAGGAUGAGCGAGACAGGAAACAGCUCCCGGCCAAUCAGAUGAAGCCAUUGUCAUACGCAUCACUCAGUGCGUCAGUGGCACCGCUGGCCAGGAAAGCAGUAGCAGCACAGAAUUCUGUGGAGCCUCUAGUGGACCUGUCCGAAGAGCUGAAAUCAGACACAGAGCUGCUGGGAAUGUUUUCUAAUACCAGGCAAACUGAGGAGUCCGGUCUUGAUUUUUGCCCUUUCCAAGUUGAGUACUCUCCUUCAUCAUUUGGUCUGGAUGUUGCUCCUUUUACAGAAGACGCAUCUGUUUCAUCUCAAACUCAUCUGGGCCGAACUCACCCACGUCAGGUGCCCGAGGAGCCACUGGAUGGCAUUCUCAGCCCUGAACUGGACAAGAUGGUCACUGAUGAAUCAAUACUCGGCAGACUCUACAAAAUACCAGAGCUUGGUGGGAAGGAUGUGGAGGAUCUCUUCACAGCUGUCCUGAGCCCCAGCACCAGCCAACCUCCUCAGAUGCCUCAACAGAUCCAGGGAGCUCAAACCCUGCAAGGUCCCGCAGGCCCUGGUUUACAUCCCUCCCAACCUAUCUCAGGAAUGUCUUCACGAAUGCCAGUGACGAACGGUUUGAUGGAACCCAAACAGCAGUUUUCACAGUCCCAAAUUGCUCCUGGAGCAGGGCCUGAUAUGGCUCCAAAUAUCCCAUCAAUGCAGCGCAUGCCUUUCUCAGACAAUCUUAGGGACAGGAAGUUCAAUCUGAUAGCGCAGGAGACUGCUGGUCCGUGGUCCGCUACAGGCUCAGCUUCGGCCUCUGCUCCAGCCGCUGCCUCUGAGGUGGAGGGAGACUCCAUGUCCACCGCACAGAAAAGCACUCUGAAGUGGGAGAAAGAAGAAACGCUCGGAGAACUUGCCACUGUCGCACCGGUCCUGUACACUAAUGUCAACUUCCCGAACCUCAAGGAGGAAUAUCCAGACUGGUCAACACGAGUAAAACAAAUUGCAAAACUCUGGAGAAAAGCAAGUUCACAGGACCGGGCUCCAUAUGUGCAAAAGGCCAGAGAUAACAGGGCAGCCCUGCGCAUGAACAAAGUUCAGAUGUCCAACGAGACCAUUAAGCGGCAGCCGCCUCAGCCAGAGCAGCCUUUAGAAGUGUUUGAUCCUGCUAUUCCACCACUGGACCCGGAAUUACUGUUCAAAGAUCCACUGAAGCACAAGGAAUCAGAGCAUGAACAAGAAUGGAAGUAUAGACAGAAUAACAACCUGAGAAAGCUGCAGAAAGAACAAGCCGAGCUCAACAUGCCCCAACAUUGCUUAGUUCUGCAAAUGAGACAGAAAAGUAGGCAGCAAGCUAAGAUCGAAGCUACACAGAAACUUGAGCAGGUGAAGAAUGAACAACUUCAGCAGCAGCAGCAACAACUUCCAUCAAUCAGCCAAUCUGAGCAUGACUCUUCUGGUCACCUGAAUAGUCCAGUAUCUGUGCACUCCAACAGUGGGAACAUGUCUCCCAAGCAGCCCAGUUCAUCAAAGUCACAGCUGCCCGGCACGCCGACAUCGUGUUCCCCAGAUGACGUCUUUUUGCGCCCUCAUCCACCACCCCCAUCUUCAGGAUCUCAGCCACAGAGCCCUCAGAUGUUUUCCCCAAGCUCCUCUGGCUCCAGACCAUCCUCACCCUGGGAUCCCUACACCAAAAUGGUAGGCACACCCAGACCACCGCCUACUGGGCAGGGAACUCCACGCCGUAACUCGGAAUCAGGGAAAUCUCCCAGAGGUCUUUCAGAGCCAAUUGGCUCUCCAACAGCCAUAUGUAAUGACCCCUAUGCCAAGCCCCCAGGCACCCCAAGGCCAACAGGAGCUACAGACCCUUUUCUCAAACCUAUGUGCCCUCCCAGAGCAAGUCAGACAGUGGAAGGGAGGCAUCUUAUUGGCUCCCCAAGCCAUGAUCCAUUCUCUAGGGUGUCUGUGAGAAAGGAAGCCUACCAGAGGAUGCCCCAGGGCAGGAUGAUACUCUCAGACCCAUAUGCUCGUCCUUUACUCACUCCUAUCCCAGGCAGCAAUGAAUCAGGGUCCAUCCAGGUCUUUAAAACCCCUAUGCCACCCCCUCAGGCUCAGGAACAAUAUGCAGAAAUGCAUGCACGGAGAGCAAGUGGGGAUCCCUUCGAAAGACCAAUGAUGCCCCCUCGUUCUUCUGAAUCAUUUCCCCAGAAUCAACAGAACGAUCCUUAUGCACAGCCUCCGCUCACUCCUCGUCCUGCAGUAGGUGACGGCUAUGCAAAUCAGAGGCUUUCACGACAGCCCCAAACCCUCCCUUUUUCUCAGCCUGGGCCAAUGGCACGCCAGCCUUCCUGUAACCCAUAUGCUCGAGCCCCUUCCACCCCUCGGCCAGACUAUUCCCAGUGUGAUCCCUAUGGACAACAGUCUGCUACACCAAGACCUUCGAGUGACCCUUUUGCCCCAUCUCUAUCGUUUUCUAACCCAUACGCUAGAAUGCCAGGCACACCUAGACCACAUGACCCUGAACCCUACUCUCAGCAGCCUGCAUCUCGUCAUCCGGUCAUGAUGAAUCAACCCUCUCAGCAGCAGACUCAAAACCGCAUAAUGUCCCCUAUGUCAAUGGACCCUUACGCUCAACCCCCUGGGACCCCACGCCCAGGAAUGGCAGACCGGUUCCCCAAGUCUCCAAGUCACCAAAGGACUCCUGAUCCUUUUAGUCAACCCCCCGGACUGCCACGCCCUGUAGUGCCUGAUCCUCACGCACAGUCAUUGGGAAGGUCCCAGUCAUUACCUAAUGAUGCAUGUGCACAUCCCUCACGAACACCUCAUCCUGGAGGAGUCGGACAGGGAUUGGUACCUGGGCCCAUGGCCAAUCAAGAUCCAUUCUUUCCUCCUCAAGUCUUGAUGCAAAACUCUUUUGCCAGUCCAACAAAACAUGGACCUCAGACCCUUAAACAUCUGGGCAUGACAGAUGAAACCUUAUCUCAGCCAAUAUCCAGUCGACCCAAUCAGACUCUCAUCCAUGACCCUUUUGAGCAGGCCCCCAUGCUUCCACAUCCUCAAUGUGGAGAAAAUAAAGAACAACAAGGUUUGGUACAUAGUAGGAGUUCCCACCCCAUGGGCCAGCCCAGCACUGAAGCUCAAACAGUACCUCUUGCUGAAGCUGAGGAAAGACUCAGACAGCGUCAGCGUAUUCGAGAGCUGAUCCUCAAACAGCAACAGCAGAAGAGUGCCAUACGUCAAGAUAAGGGUGAACAGGAUCAUCCUCUGACCAUGCCUCCAGGAACCCCUCAACAUUGGAGUCUGGAGUCUACAGGCCAACAGAGUGAAAUUUUUAAUCGCCCACCACCACCAUAUCCUGGUCCAGGAGCUGUGAGAGCCCCUCAGAGAUUCCAUGGGCCAUUCCCAGGAGAUCAACAGGGGCAUUUCCCUGAAGGCCAGUUUCCUAUACCACAGUUUCCUGCGGAUGCUGACUCAAAUAUAAGGCAGCUUGGGCCAAGGAUGCCCCUCACUCCUAAUGUCCAAGGUCCUAUAGCAGCUCCAAGACCACAUCAGAUGCACGACCCAAUAAUUGAAGCUCAUCCACAUAUGAGAAGAUCCAUGUCUAUGGACUUGGGGAAAUCAAUAGGAGGCAACCCCUUAGUAACCCCACAUUUACCUCCUCGUGGCAUGCAUGUGCAACAGCACAACAUCAUGGGGCAGCCUUUCAUAGAACUGAGACACAGAGUGCCAGAUAGCAGACUUCGGCUUCCCUUUGGAGCUCCUACUAUGCAGGGAAAUCGAAUGGAAUUGCCCUCACAGCAACGACCCCCAGGUUUCAUGGGUGGCCAAGAAAUUGGAUUUCCCUUCAAUCAAGUUCCAAAGCCAAUGGACACAACAAUUAAUCAGUCUCAGGUAGCUAAUACACAGAUGCAGGCAUCUCUCAGCUUGGGGAAUUUACAACAAGCCAAUAUUCCAUUGAGAGCUGGACAUCCACAAAUCCCCCUGACGAGGUCUAUAAGUCAACCUGCUUCCAGUGAGACUCUCAGUGCUCCCUUACUCACAAGUAUUGCUGCUACAUCUGCUGUCCAAAACAUUGAGGUCCCUUUAUCCACAAAUGAAGUACCUGAGGAGAAAAUCGAUACUGAUGAAUCUGCUGUGAAGGACCUUGAAGAUGUUGAGGUGAAGGACCUUGUGGAUGCCGAUUUAGAGAACUUAAAUCUCGAUCCAGAUGAUGGAAAGGACUUAGAUCUUGAAACGAAUGACCUGCAUCUAGUUGACUUCUUAACAUCUGGGAAAUUUGAUAUAAUUGCCUAUGCUGAUGCUGAUUUAGAUCUUAGUGAGGACCUGGAUCUCAGUGAUCCAAUAGAAGACCACACUGAGACGUAUGAUUUCCAAAAGACAAAAGCUGAGAAAAAGACUGAUAGUUUUGAUGGCUCAUCAUCAUCAUGCUCGACAUCAACAGCGAAGGAUGUAGUAGACAAAACUGCUCAGUCUCAAGGUCACAUCAGUCCAGACGUUCCUCAGGAUCAGGUGUUGGUUUCCUUGAAAACAGAGGAGGAUAGCAAAAAUGGAAUUAAAGAUUGCUUGUCCCGAGACACAUCUUGUAAGAAUCAAGUAAAUUAUAGUGCUGCCAUUAAUCAAGCUGGCUUUGAAAGUGAUAUUGAUGCCAGUUUACAGGCUCCAAAGUCUGGAAUUCACCCCGAUGCUACUCCAGUGCUUUCAAGCAUGCUGGUCAAUGUACCACCAGAAGGUGAAUCACAGAAGCAGGAACACUCAUCAGCACAAGGCAACCCACCAAGUCAGGAAGCUACAGUGUCACUCAGUAGCACUAUGCUGGGGCAAGGAAACUUCUCAGUGCAGGGGAUGGAUACUGGCCUCAGUAUUGACCAAUCGUUGGUGUCUUCUCAUGGUGAAAGCACAUUAGAAGUCCCAGGCUCCAUUCAGGAACAACAACAAAGCCAUAUUUUUGGUAUGGAUCAAAAGGAUGCUGUACUCUCAGGGGAACAACACAGUAUUCUUGCUCAACAGGCAAUGCUGUCACAGCAAGGCAAUCAGAACAGACCACUGCUUCUGGAGGAGCAACCACUCCUUCUCCAAGACCUCCUGGAUCAGGAGAGACAGGAGCAGCAGCAGCAGAAGCAAAUGCAAGCUAUGAUAAGACAGCAUCCCAGUGAUUCAUUCUUCCCCAACAUAGAUUUUGAUGCUAUCACAGACCCCAUAAUGAAAGCAAAGAUGGUUGCAUUGAAAGGAAUCAAUAAAAUGGUGGUCCAGAACAACAUGGGAAUGUCUCCUAUGGUCAUGAACAAUGUCCAGACAGGGCAGGAGCUACCAGGCCCUGAUGGAGGUAUAACUCCAGUGCAGUUGGCUGGACAGGAUGGCAAACUUGCUCCUCACAUGGCACGACCCAAUCCCCCAAAUUUUGGACCAGGAUUUUCCCAUGAUGCACAGAAGGUUCAGUAUGAAGACUGGCUCAGGGAAACCCAGCAGCUGCUUCAGAUGCAGCAGAAGUUUUUGGAGGAGCAGAUUGGGGCCCAUAGAAAGUCAAAAAAGGCCCUGUCAGCCAAGCAGAGAACUGCCAAGAAAGCAGGACGGGAGUUUCCUGAGGAGGAUGCAGAGCAGCUGAAACAUGUGACAGAGCAGCAGGGGGUGGUGCAGAAACAGCUGGAACAGAUUCGCAAACAGCAGAAGGAGCAUGCAGAGCUGAUAGAGGAGUACAGGGUUAAUCAGCAGCAACAAGGUAGCAUGCAGCCUGCAAUGAUGCAUGGAAUGCCACCAAUGCAGCCCCAUGCUGGCAUGAUGCCAGUUGGGCCCCCAAUGAACCAACCUAUGAUGGGUCCCAUGAUGCCCAUUCGUCUCCACCCUGGCCAACCAGAUGCAACUAGUGUGACCAACACAGCAGGUUGGCACCCUGGUGCACCUGUUCCCAGUGGAGCACCUCAAAUGCCAGGAGUAAUGCCCGCUCAAGUAGUGCAGGCACAGCCUACGCAGCCGGCAGUGGCAAGGCCCAGUCAGGGGCAGGCAGGUGGCGAGUCUUCUCACGUGAAUUUCGACGAUACCAACCCAUUUAGUGAAGGCUUCCAGGAGCGUGAGCGCAAGGAGCGGCUACGGGAGCAGCAGGAGAGGCAAAGAGUGCAGCUUAUGAAGGAGGUGGAAAGACAGAAUGUGAAACACUGCAUGGAGCAACAGCAAGUCCCUAACUGCCAAGAUGGUACAAUGAGGGCCUUGUCACAAAUGCCUUUUUACAACCAGGAGCUACCGCAGGACUUCAUGCAGCCACCCAGAAUGCAGCAGCAGAUGCAAGGUCCACCAUUUCCACAUCAGCAAGGCAUGCAACCAGGGUUCGUUGGAGGACCAUCCAGACCAAUGAUGGGUAACGGUCCAUUCCCUCAGGAAAUGGGACCGGGGUUUGUUUCUGAGAACCUAGCACCCCAUGGGCCUAACUUUGUCCAGGCACAAGCUAGACCUCAGAGAUAUCCUGGGCCAAACAUGAUGCCUCAGAAACCAACUCAAGGGCAUCAGUUCCCAAUGGAGGGUCCCAUGCCCUUGCCUCCGAACUUUCCAGGUCCCGGUCCGUCACUGAUCCAGCUGUACUCCAACAUCAUUCCGGAGGAGAAGGGCAAGAAGAAAAGGAACCGCAAGAAGAAGAAAGAUGAUGAUUGUGAGUCACUGAGAGCUCCUUCCACACCUCGCUCGGACCUGACAGCCCCAUUAACACCCUGCGUCUCAGAUACAUCAUCCACACCGACAAGGAACCCAAUGGUCUUCGGCGACCAUGAGUUCUGCGAGACGUCCCAGCCUGGAUCGUCUACACCAGGCUCCAUGAGCAGCCAGCUCCACUCUGAGCUGGAGCGCCAGCUUUCUGAAGGCAGCUGCGGUGGAGGGCCAGAGAUGGCCAUAUGCCAACAGGAGAUGCAUGACAGGAUCCUGUCCAACAUCAAAUUGGAGAAGGUGGAGGCGAGUGACUGCCAUGGGCAUAAAGGAAUGGAGAUGGAAAUGGGACUAGGCAUGGUCAAGGUAGAGGGAGAGAGGGAGGGAAUGUUGCUUCAUCCUGCGAGCCGAAGUCCAGCCAACAGCUCGAAAGGAGAAGCUGGGAAUGAACUCCUCAAACACCUCCUGAAGAAUAAGAGGACUCCACCUUCUGCACUGCCUCAUCAGAGGUCUGAAGACAGUUUGAGGUCAGAGGAAGAGGGAUCCAUGGACUUCAAAGCUUUUCUGCGACAGAGCUCCAUGGAUAGCACUGGGACGUUCUCGGAUUCAAACCACCCUGAUUUCCCCGGACCAUUUCUUCCAGAGGACAAGAAGAAACAGAGGAACAAGAGGGCACCCAAGAGCGGAGACAGACCAGCUCCCCGCUGUAAAAAGAGGAAGAAAGAGGAGGACGAGGAUCAAGCAGUGUAUUCCUCUGAGCCAGUAAUGACCCAGUUAAAACAGCAGCUUUCUCUCUUGCCCCUAAUGGAGCCUCUGGUGGGGGUGAACUUUGCCCAUUUCAUGCCCUAUGGGGGCGGACAGCUGGACGGAGAGAGCCGUCUCUCGGGCACAUUUGGGAGCGCCUCAUUGGACGGUGUCUCUGACUAUUACUCCCAGCUGAUUUACAAGCAGAAUAAUUUGAGCAACCCCCCCACACCUCCCGCCUCUCUUCCUCCGACUCCUCCUCCAGUGGCGCGCCAGAAGUUGCUCAAUGGCUUUGCCACAACAGAGGAGCUGGCCAGCAAAGGUGGCGUCAUUGUUGGCCAUGAUGUCACCAAAGGGCUGCUUUCUCGACCGCUGCAGUUUAAGGCUGAGGAGGAGCUGCUAGCUCGAGCUCUGGCUCAGGGGCCCAAAACUGUGAAUGUGCCGGCUUCUCUUCCCACCCCGCCUCAUAACAACCAGGAAGAGCUCAGGGGACAGGAGCAAUGUGAAGACCGAGACACCCCAGACAGCUUCAUCCCGUCUUCUUCCCCAGAGAGUGUCGUUGGCAUGGAGAUCAGCCGCUAUCCUGAUCUCUCAUUGGUCAAGGAGGAACCUCCUUCUCCAGCCCUGUCUCCAGUAAUUCCAAUGUUUCCUGUCUUUAGGGGCAAAGGCUCAGAGGUCAGAUUACGAGAGGUCAAGAUGGAGCCUUCAUCAGUGUUCUUCGGCUCUCCAUUUGGAUCAGUGCAAAAUGGUUCCAACACUGGGCUGGUGUCCAUCGCCAUCACACUGAAGCCAGCAGCUGCGGGGAACAUCACUGACGUUGUUGCAGCCAUUGCUGACCUGAUCCAUGUGAAGAUCCCCAGCAGCUACGAGGUCAGCAGUGGCCCAGGAGGAACUAUGGGGGCCAUCAAGACCUCAGUGGAUCCACAGCAUAUGACCUCUGCCCUUCAUGAGCCGAACGGACUACGAGCCACACAGCAAGCACCACAGCAGCUACAGCACAACCUUAACAAAAGUCUUGUUGGUGGUAGAGAGUGGGAUAAGAAGGGACAGGAAAGCCCAGGACCAAAGCAACAAUGGUGUCAACACUGUAAAGUGGUUGUCCUUGGCAAUGGUGUGAGGAAAAUGACCAAAGAUGAGCAGGGCAAAGUACAGAAGUCUCGGUUAUGUUCGGAUGCUGGUUUGGUGUUCUGCAGUCAUAGCUGUCUCAUUCUACACUCAUCCUCCUCUCAGUCCAAUGGGAACGCUGACACCAAGGCAUCUGUUGCUCUACUUCCUGAAAGUGCUUCGCGACAGUGUCCCUCUAAAGUCCAGCACCAGUACAGCAACAACAUGUCCUCGCUAGACGUCCACUGCCUGGCCCAACUCCAGCCCAAACCGUCCCCUCCCUCUCCGAACCUUCACAUGGCUUUCACCCCAGCCGAGGCAGCUCAAGCGAUCAAGAUGGAAUCCAAACCUGAAAGCAUAUCAGAAAGUCAUCUUAAAGUGAUGGUAAAGCUUACGCCGCGUUCCCAGAGCCACAUGGAAGACAAACCAUGGCAUCACGGCAAACGGUGGAGAGGCCUGCGCUGGCGAAAAUGGACGGUACACAUUACGAUACCAAAAGCUGCCACCCAAACAUCUGAAUCGGAAGUUGAGGAGCUUUUGCAGCAGCUCAACUCAUCUCUGCGACCGUGCUCAACCACUCGAGACUGGCGCCGCUGCUGUUUCUGCCAACAGAUAGGCGAUGGGAUGACAGAUGGCCCUGCCAGGCUGCUCAACUUGAACUUGGACACCUGGGUGCACCUCAACUGUGCCCUCUGGUCCUCGGAGGUCUAUGAGACGCAAGCCGGUGCCCUAAUCAACGUGGAAUUGGCGCGCCAGCGAGGGCAAACGGUGGUUUGUGCGUUCUGUCAGCGCUUAGGUGCCACCAGUGGCUGCCAUCGGCUGCGCUGCCUCAACAUCUACCACUUCACCUGCGCCCUGCAGGCUGGCUGUACGUUUUUCAAGGAUAAGACAAUGCUGUGCCACCAGCACCGGCCGCGAGGAUCUGGCGCCGCUGCUGGGUUGCACUUAGAACAGCAGCUUCGCUGCUUCUCCGUGUUCCGCCGCGUGUUUGUGCAGCGCGAUGAGCUGCGACAGUUAGCGGCGGCCGUGCAGCAGCCUGAACGCGGCCAUACUUUCCGAGUGGGCAGUUUGCUUUUCCAUUCAAUGGGUCAGCUGCCACCUGCCCUGCUGCCCACGUUUCAUUCAUCCACGGCCAUCUUUCCACCUGGCUACGAGGCGAGCCGGCUCUACUGGAGCAUGCGGCACGGCCAGAAGCGCUGCCGGUACGUCUGCUCUGUGGAAGAGCAUGAGGGGCGUCCCGAAUUCAGCAUCCGUGUCAUUGAGCAGGGCUACGAGGAUCUGGUGCUGACUGACACCACUGCUAAAGGAGUCUGGGACAAGGUUCUUGGGCCCGUGGCCGAGAGGAGGGCUGAGACAGGCAUGCUGAGACUCUUCCCCAUCUAUCUGAAGGGAGAGGACCUGUUUGGGCUCACCAUCUCAGCAGUCACCCGCAUUGCUGAAUCACUGCCGGGUGUGGAGGCGUGCUCGAGGUAUCGAUUCCGUUAUGGACAUAAUCCCAUGUUGGUGCUUCCACUGUCCAUGAAUCCAUCUGGCUGCGCUCGUUCUGAGUUGCAGACGUACCCCCAUCAUGAGAGGCUGAAGAUCCUCUCCGCGUGGUCCAGAACAUCUCACUGCAUCCAGAACUCAACGGAGGUGGUGAGGGGAUCAUCUCACAGCAAGCACUUUGUGCACUCUAAGUCAUCUCAGUACCGAAGGCUGACCAGCGACUGGAAGACAAACGUGUAUCUGGCACACUCUCGCAUCCAGGGUCUUGGGCUGUUUGCAGCACGUGACAUUGAGAAGCAGACCAUGGUGAUUGAAUACAUGGGGGAUAUUCUGCGCGCUGAGGUGGCCAUGAGGAAAGAGCUGCUGUACAAGGCUAAGAACCGCCCAGCGUACAUGUUCCGCAUCUACGGCGAGCGAGUUAUCGAUGCAACCCGGUCUGGAAGCCCUGCAAGGUACAUCAAUCAUUCAUGCUCACCAAACUGUGUGGCUGAGGUUGUGACGUUUGAGCGGGGCCACAAGAUCAUCAUCAGUGCCGCCCGCAGGAUCGAGAGGGGAGAAGAGCUCUGCUACGAUUACAAGCUCACCCCGGUUGCAGAUCAGAGCAAGAUCCCAUGUCACUGUGGAGCCGCCAACUGCCGCAAGUGGAUAAACUAACAAGGAGUGACACCAACAACUCUGAGGUGCCAAUUUACCAGAGGAGAUGUGCAAAGAGGAAACAGCCCAUCCUGGAAGUUGUCGUAACGGGCGAUCAUUUUUUUAAUGUGCAAAACUAAGAGGAAAACACAACGCGAGAAUACAGCAUUGUGUGAGAGCCAUUCGUAUCAUUUCUUGACUUGAAAGGAAAAGGUUCUGUUAUGUGCAUGUGCCAUGAGUCUGUGUGUGUCUGUGUUUGUCAGCUCGAAUGCGUGUGCGUCACACGGGGCAGAUUUCACCAGCGAAUGAGGACGGAGAAUGAGCACGAGCACUGUGCCGGGUAUUGCCUUAUAGGUUGAUGGAGGGGCAGGCCCAUCUGUAUGACGAGAUCUGUAGAGACCGAACCGUAGAAAUCAAUGUAGAACAUCACUGAAUGGAGAAUGUACGGAAUUGACUUCCGCAAGGGAAAAAAAACAUGUUGCACUAAAAAAAAGAAAACAAAAAAGAAACAGAAAACAAAAUGAACU